GAAACUCUCUAAAGAAGUGGUGUUUUGCGAUUUUAGCGAUCCUAGCAUGAUUGAACGCUGAAAAUUGGUGUCAGAGACAGCCAAAAUAGUUGAAAGCGAUGGAUGAUUUUUCGCACUCCUCGAACGGCCAGCGGCGCCUUAGGUUGUUGAUAUAAAUGUCCAGGUGGAUUGAAAAUGGUCACUCCCAACAACCAAUAAUUCUAGGUUUCCUUGGAAGGUAAUUCUCGUGGAUAGGAUGGACCGGAUGAUUGUCUGAAGCUUUUCUACAAUCAACUCCGAAUGAAUUACUAAGGAUUUGAGUUAAUCAAAUCAGUUUUUGGACUCAUCGAUAUCGAUUGACCAUAAGGACGUUUGCGUCAAAUGAAAAUGCAUUAAGUCUUAUGAAAACUGAGGAUCAAGAACCUAAUGCUUCUGGUAAGCGUAGGCGUGAAUCCGAUAAAAUUCGGAAGCCACCAACAAAGCGCAAAUCGGUUCAGUAUGUACAUCCAAGUUUGAGGAAUAUUGCAACGUUCGCCGAGAAACCGCUUGUAAAACAGCAGUUUUUCAAUCACGGCUCGUUUCUACAUUUACCGGUUCAAACGGAUGGACUGGCGCGUGAGUCCCUUACCGAACACUACGAACAGCCGUCGUGGAAAAUUUCGUAUCCAGCUCCGCUGUGGACCCAUCGGCAACAUAGCGACUUGCAGCGGGACCCAGUGAUGCAGCUGAUUUUCUUGAAACACUCGCACAUGGAAGCCCUAAGCUGUCAUAGAAGCACUUACCGGAAAAAGAAACGGGAUGCUGACAAACUCCGGAAAAAGGUUGCCGGCUGUGAUCUGUACCACAACGUGGUGUUUAGGACCGCCGAACUGCUGGAACGCGAUCCGGACCGGUGGUUUUCGCAUGAGGCUGGUUAUGAUUAUUACUACACGGGAGGUCGUCUGGCCAUUAUGGACGAUGUCAGUUGGGUAGUCAAUACGAUCGGAGAUGCAGCGGGUUGCUUAGAAAUCGUCCCUUAUAGUUGGCAGGAUUCUAAGCUACAAUUGGACGCAGAAAGUUCCGUACGCUUAAACGUUAAUGACGAGGCUGGUAAUAUUUUUCAAGUUUGCCACUAUAUAUCGAGCACUGCCAACGUUGUGAUUAGGACCAAAUAUUCGAUAGAACAUAUCAGCUCUCGAAUGUGUCUGGAAGACAUUAAGCGAAAAACUUUUAAAUCUGAGGUUCCCUUCAUUUCGUGCUGUUUUCUCGAUGAUGGAAAAGGUCAACUAAUCGCUACAUCAGAUUUGGACAAAGUUCUGAAAGUUUGGGAUAUCAACGAAAAAAGCGAGAUUAAACGACUGCGAAUUGGCAAAAAUGAUGGGUUCGAUGAUUGUUGGACAUGCCUCAAAGGUUUCAAACGAAAGCAUUUGAUUUGCCUCGAUAGGACUUCAAUUAAGUUGAUAGAGUCAGACAAGGAUAACCUUCAUAUUUUACAAGAAUCGAAACUGGAUCGUUGGCUUUGGGGUUGCAGCAUAGCCUCUUGCCUGGAGGUGUGUCCUGAAGAAAAUUUAAUCUUCAUCGGAGCUUCGCAUAAACUACUAGUUCUACAAGUAGUAGAAAGUGAAGACGAAACCAGACCAGAUUUCAAACUACUACUUAACAUUACUCACAAUCUGGAAUACUUACCGGUAAUGCUUUCGUAUCGGUAUGAUUCGAAGAAAUAUUUUUUCGUUUAUUUAGCAUCCCACUGUCCAGCGGAUGUUGUUCUGUGUACCUUCUACAAAGUUCCACCAAAGCAGUUCGUUACAAAACACUUGCCUUUCAAACCAUUCACCAUCCAGGAGUCCUAUCGUCUUGCAACUAUUCGAGGAAAAUGCCUAUAUCCGGCAUCAAUACUCAAAAAACGAGUACAAAGAUCGUUCAGCGGGCUAGCAGUUGUGGGAAAGGACAAUUGCUUUCACUUCUUGUCACAGACUUCAAUCGGCGAUAUCUUCCACCAGAAAAUCUACUACUCCAAAGACGAAUGCAAUGUUUCCCAAAUUCCAGAAAUCAUGCACAGCUGGAUGCUGGAAUUGAAUGCAUUGAAAGAUCCCAAAAUACACACCCCGACUAUUUCCGACUUCCGAAAUCUACGAGGAUUUCGUAAAAUCUUAACAUCGCCAAGUCCCUGGCCUCGCGAAACAGAACUCAAACUGGAAUCCCCCCGCAAACGUUUCAAGUGGGAACAAUCGGUAGAACAGUUGCAUCGAUAUAAGGACCUGCUGGCACCAACAAUGCUCUCGAUUUGGGGCUUCCGUCCGAAUGUUACCGCCAGUCAAUCAUCCGAUAAGGUCGGUAGAAGUCAAUCAAUAGACAUUACAGCACGAAUUACAAGCUGGUUGGAUAAGGCAGGAAGUCCGGAUAUGAUUGAGAGCAAUAGCAACAGUUUGGACUCGGUAAUUUCUAACCCUCCGGUGGAGGAGAGAAGUUUUAUUGGUGCUGAGGACGUAAUAGUGAAAGAGGAGGCAGUGAUCGAGGAGAAAUCUGUUGAACAGCCGAAACCAAUUGAAAAAGUGAUCACCGAAAAUCCAGUAAGGCAGAUUGCCAAAGUUUCUCGCAAGAAAUACGUGCAGGGAUUCUGAGUUCACAUCAAAAUGUUAAGCUUAGUUAAAAUCUAAAAUUUAACUCUCUUUGACAGUUAAGCUUGAAGAUUUGUUUUCAUGUUGAAAGCAUAAAUUAUUUUUCUUGAAGA